UGUAUCCAGACAGCUUCCCGGUGGGGAGGAAGUAAAGAAGCUGUGGGGAUUGGCUGGCUUAGCCCGGCCCCUGGCAGCUUCCUCUAGAUCUGGGGUCAGACCCAGCCAUCCCAGGAGGAGGGCAGAAGAAGUUGUGUGGGACAAGCCAGCCCACACGGAAGAACUCACCCUCCACCCCAUCUGACCACAGGAUGCUGGAGCUGAGCCUGUCUUGGCUGGGACUCGGGCCAGUAGCAGCCUUCCCAUGGCUGCUGCUGCUGCUGGUCGGGGCCUCCUGGAUCCUGGCCCAUGUCCUGGCCUGGACCUACACCUCCUACAACUACUCUCGCCGUCUCCGAUGCUUCCCGCAGCCCCCAAAAUGUAACUGGUUCUUGGGUCACCUGGGCCUGAUUCAGAGCUCAGAGGAAGGUCUCCUGUAUACACAGGGCCUGGCCAGCACCUAUGGAGAUGCGUGCUGCUGGAGGCUGGGACCCUGGCAUGCGAUCAUCCGCAUCUUCCACCCCACCUUCAUCAAGCCUGUGCUCUUUGCUCCAGCUGCCAUCGCACCCAAGAAUAUGGUUUUCUACAACUUUCUGAAGCCUUGGCUGGGGGAUGGGCUCCUGCUGAGUGCUGGUGACAAGUGGAGCAGCCACCGUCGCAUGCUGACACCUGCCUUCCACUUCAACAUCCUGAAGCCCUAUAUGAAGAUUUUCACCAAGAGCGCAGACAUCAUGCACGCCAAGUGGCAGCGUCUGAUCAUAGAGGGCCACACCCAUCUGGACAUGUUUGAACACAUCAGCCUCAUGACCCUGGACAGUCUGCAGAAAUGCGUCUUCAGUUACGACAGCAAUUGCCAGGAGAAGCCCAGUGACUAUAUCGCUGCCAUCUUGGAGCUCAGUGCCCUUGUGGCAAAACGAUAUCAACAGAUCUUCCUGCACAUGGACUUCCUGUACUACCUCACCCCUGAUGGGUGGCGCUUCCGCAGGGCCUGCCGCCUAGUGCACGACUUCACAGGUGCUGUCAUCCAGGAGCGGCGCCGCACCCUCCCCAAGGAAGAUAUUGAUGACUUCCUCAAGGCCAAGGAGAAGACCAAGACUUUGGACUUUAUUGACGUACUCCUGCUGACCAAGGAUGAAGAUGGGAAGGGAUUAUCAGACGAAGACAUCCGAGCUGAAGCUGACACCUUCAUGUUUGAAGGCCAUGACACCACAGCCAGUGGCCUCUCCUGGGUCCUGUACAACCUUGCAAAACACCCAGAAUACCAGGAGCGCUGCCGGCAGGAGGUGCAAGAGCUCUUGAAGGACCGUGAGUCUAAAGAGAUUGAAUGGGACGACCUGGCUCAGUUGCCCUUCCUGACCAUGUGCAUCAAGGAGAGUCUGCGGUUGCACCCCCCAGUCACGGUCAUCUCCUGCCGCUGUACCCAGGACAUCAUGCUUCCAGAUGGCCGGGUCAUCCCCAAAGGUGUUAUCUGCUUCAUCAGCAUUUUCGGGACCCACCACAACCCAUAUGUGUGGCCAGACCCUGAGGUCUAUGACCCCUUGCGCUUCGAGCCAGAAAACAUCAAGGGGAGGUCACCUCUGGCUUUUAUCCCCUUCUCAGCAGGUCCCAGGAACUGCAUCGGGCAGACAUUCGCCAUGACCGAGAUGAAGGUGGUCCUGGCACUCACACUACUGCGGUUCCGCAUCCUGCCAGAUGAGGAGGAGCCUCGCCGGAAGCCAGAGCUGAUCCUGCGCGCGGAGGGCGGACUUUGGCUGCGGGUGGAACCGCUGAGCACAGGGCAGCAAUGACGCACCCACCUUCUGGCCUGAGAUCCGCCAUGACCAUAGACACCUCACUGCAGAUUCCAAGAAAUAAAUCUGGGACUUCGCUGGUGGUGCAGUAGUUAAGACUUUGUGCUUCCACUGCAAGGGUCACGGGAUCCUGAUCCGGGAGCUCACGUCUGUCCCAAGCCUCAUUGAGAGCCAACAGGGGGCCCUUGGGGCCUGGACAGAUCCAGGAGGAUGGGUGUGGCUCUGAACCUGGGGGUGGGGAGGGGGGAAGGGGGAGGGAAAGGGUGGGGGAAUGGGGGCAAAUUUUGUUAUGAUAGCUGGAGCUCCAUCUUGGAUCAUUAGGACAAGAUGACUUUUUAAGGAAGGUCAUCUUAAAGUUCUUAAGUUCAUCUUAGCAGAGAACUAGAUGCAGUCAGGGUCAGAUGACCCUGGAUCCACCACUCCCUCCUUACAAACAUUUGCCACUUUUAGCUAUUUGGCUGGGUUGCGGAAAAAUCUCUCUCUAAGCCUCAGUGCCUUUAUUACAUAAUAGUAGCCACCUUAUUGCGAUGUUGUGGAGAUUUAUAAAAAGCUUGUGCAAAAUGACUGACUCAGUAUCUGGCAAGCAGCCCUACUGAAUGUGCAUUCAUUUCCACACUUGCGUCACUUUCUCACAUUUAAAAUGCUUUAAAGUCAUAAAAUUAUACUGAAGUUUGGGGACAUGCGGAAACCUGCCGUUGAAGAAAAUUGCCAUUAGAAGAUUCAGCAAAUUCAAAAUCUCCAUAGUUAGAUCUGUUACACAGUUACAAGCUGCUCUGCUGUGAAACAGACCUGAAGCUAAGGACCAAGAAGAAAUUUUUUCCCUCAGAGAAGCAUGACCCAGGACUUCAUUUUCAUCAGGAUGUUCUAGGAAGUGGAGGUGAAGCAGGUCCUCAAUAGUGAGAGAAGGUGGAGGGGGCAGGAAUGGGGGCCACUUCCUUCAGCACCUGGGACAGUGGCUGCUCCAGGACUAGCCCCACUGAGGUGGCAGGGAGUCCUGGGAUAGUCUUAGUAUCAGACACUUUGGGGGUUCUACAAGCUGGGAUCAGAAGACUUAAUGGUUGAAUAAAAAGAAAUAAAUCCUAUAACAUGAAAUUAGUAAAUAUUUCAUGUAUUCUAAGCUGAAAA